UAAAGCAAAAACCAAAAAUUAAAAUAACUGAAUCCCACACACAAUAAUCAACCGCUUUAGCUAUUCAAUUCCAUCACGCAUUCAAUCAUUUCGCCAGAAUUUUAAACAAAAAUAAUCGUAUUUUUUUCCUUAAAAAUUGUCUCCUGUUGAAUUGAUUUUCAAUGAGCAAUUUACGAGCAAUAUGUAGGCCGCACAGUGUGUUCUCCUCGAUGACAUGUUGUUACAGAUCGAUUAUUAGGGUUUCUUCUACUGUAAACGCUAUUACCAAUCUCGGAUCUCGAUCAUCAUCAAGGCCUUUAGUGUUUGCUGUUUGGAUUGAUAGAUUUGGAGCACAGAAGAAGAAUGAAGCGCGAGUGAGAUUGAAUCAGCAGAGAAGGAUGGUGGCCACUUGGGCUUCUAGUUGGACCGAUCAGAAAUCUCCCUAUGAAACCCUUGAACUAGAACGCGAUGCAGAUGAAGAGGAAAUAAAGGUUGCCUAUCGACGCUUGGCAAAGUUUUAUCAUCCUGAUGUUUAUGAUGGCAGAGGGACCUUAGAUGAAGGAGAAACAGCUGAAGCUCGAUUUAUAAAGAUUCAGGCUGCUUAUGAGCUCCUUAUAGAUGUAGAGAAACGGAAGAAAUAUGAUAGUGACAAUCGAGUGAAUCCAAUGAAGGCAUCGGAAGCAUGGAUGGAGUGGAUUAUAAAAAAGCGAAAAGCAUUUGACCAAAGAGGUGACAUGGCAAUUGCAGCUUGGGCUGAACAGCAGCAGCGUGAAUUGAAUCUUCGUGCACGUCGUCUUGCUCGUUCUAAGAUUGACCCUGAAGAGGAAAGGAAAAUUUUGGCAAAAGAAAAGAAGGCAUCCGUGGAGAAUUUCAACAGUACCUUAAGGCGACAUACACUGGUGUUGAAGAAAAGGGAUUUAAUGCGAAGAAAAGCAGAAGAAGAGAAGAAAAAGGUAAUUAGCCGGCUUCUGGCUGCGGAGGGUCUUGAACUGGAAAAGGAUGAUAAUGAAGAACUAUAGAAUGUAGAUUCAAAUGUGUGGUGUUUGCUCUCUGAUACCUGAUAAAAAUUAUAUUUGCAAUCUCUCUUGGUUGUAUAAGAUUUACUUUGAUUUUACAAAACGAUAAAAAGAAUGUAUAUAUGCUCUCCCUAGUGAUACUAAAGAGUUUCAUCUUAAAA